AGCAGACUGAAGGACGAGACACACACACACACACACACACUCUAUAGUCUGCGAAAGUGAAAGUGACAGAGCAAAGAGACAGAAAAGAGACAAAGAGAGGCAGAAAGAAGAUAACAAGACAGACAUCAAACGCCUCUCUGUUUCCUCUUUAGCUACAGAGCCUGUUUCUGAGUUUCUGAGUUUCUGGUUCAGAACAGACCUGAGUCUCUUUAUAGUCGCAUUGGAUCCGGUGACAGUCAGCACAAAGACAGCAACACGCGCCACAGACAUGAACGGGAAUAGCCACCUGCAGAGGGUCCAGGACGAUGCGGACGAGGUGAAGGUCAUCAUGAUGGAGAACAUGAACAAGGUCGACGAGAGGUCGGAUAAACUGGGAGACCUGGAGACCCGAGCUGAGGAUCUUCAUGCAAAGGCUAAACAAUUUGAGAAGAAAACCGACAAGGUGAUGCAACAGAAGCACGGUGAGAACAAGAAGAUGCGCUACGUGUUCAUCGGCAUCGGAGUGGUGGCCGCCAUCGUUAUUAUCGGACUCAUAGUUUUCGCCGCAGUUUGAUAACCUGCAAGAAGAAAAAGCUUUUCUGCUGAUAAAAGGGAUCAGGACUAAGAUAUGAACUCCGGGGGAGUUCCGUCUGUGGGGGACGUCUCUCCUGCAGGGCUUAGUGUGGAAUAUUUCUGUGUCUUUAAGAUAUAUUUAUGGGAUAGUCUAUCCCACUCUUCAAUUCAGUUGAUAUGGUACCAUUCAUUGCUUUGCUGCUUUUUAAAAUAACUUCUCAAACAUCGAGUCUCUGUCAGGCCCACAAAUCCUAAAAUAACAUCUUAAUAAGGACUUGCUUUCUCAAGCUGUAGUCUGGAUAUGGAUGGGCGAUAUCUGUAUUAUAAAGAUAUGGUGAUAUAAGUCACAUUUGGAUAUGGUUAUGUGAGGUAUAAUGUACAGUGGUUAUUAAUGAAAACAGACCUUAUAGGGAAUUGGAACCGUGGUGCAUUCAGGGACAUCACGGCCAUAUUUGUAGGAAAUUGUUUAUAGCAACAGCAGCAGCCAUCAAUAUAUAUUGCAUUAUUACAUUACAUGUCACUUGUUAGUCGCUUUUAUCCAAAGCGACUAACAUACUCAAUACUGUGGACAAUUCCCGCAGGAGCAAUUUGGGGUUAAGUGUCUCAGGGACACAACGACAUGCUGACUGCAGUGGGGUUUGAACCUUUGCUCCCAUGAUCCCAACACCAACGCACAACCCACUGCACCACACGCCUCCGUAUAUAUCAGCGUUUCCCGGUCAUCUGUCAGCCGUUUAACAUCCGAAAUGAAUAAAAUAUGCGCGAAAUAUCAAUGUCCUGACAAAGAGAAGCUCUAGUUAGAAACAGAGGAACGUUAAUACAAAAAAAGUUAAUUAAAAACAUCUGAACUUAAGUGGAGAACGGACCGAUCACUGGUCAACUCGUCGCUCGUCUGAUAGUUGAAUUUGUUGUAUGCGUAUAACAAAAUAAAGAACCUGGAACCUUGAUUUAAUUUAAUAAUAUCACAAGAUUUGAUUUUCUCCAUAUCGUUAGAGUUCAAUUUAUGCUUUUCAUUUGUUUUCUGUUUAAUGUAGUUUAAUUUCAAAGUGCAUGCAUCAAAGUGGACUUCAUUUAAAGAUGUAUUUGCGAUCUUCUGUGCAUAAAAUCCCCUUCAAUGAUCCAGGAUGUCUCUUUACACAGAGGGGUUCAGGCAGGGGUCUCAAACUCAAGGCCCGGGGGCCAAAUCCGGCCCGCGACUUCAUUUUAUGUGGCCCCGCAAGAGCUUUCAAAGAAUAUAAUACGUUUAUUAUACGGUUACAUGCCACUUUACAGAAGCAGGUUGUCCAUAAACUACAUGUCCCACAAUGCAUCUCGUUUUGUGACAUGUGCACUGAAGAGACUUGCAAUUAUUUGCCCUGGACUUCUGCUUUCAGACGUAGUUAAUUACUAAGUUAUUAUCCUAUCCGAUAAUAAUCCAAUUCAGAGGCAAUAAUGUAAUAUAAUAUAUUAUUUUAUAUAUAUACAACCGGCCCUUUGAGUGCAACCUUUAUGCGAAUGUGGCCCGCAAUGAAAUUGAGUUUGACACCCCUGGGUUAAAGGGUUUUACAGCCAUUAUCAGAAGUCUCCCAUACAAGGAAUUUGCUUUGGUGUUUCGGUGCAUAUCAUAAACACAGUCAAAUGUAUUCAAAUGAAAAGAAAUCGAGCAAAAAUUUGCAAAAAACAUAAAUAUAUAAAAAUGUAAGUACAGUAAAAUAUGAAACAAUACUGUAAAAAAUGCAGAGUAUACGUUAAUGAACAAUGGAAGAGCUAUGCCGUUGUAUAAUUGGUAGUAUCGUGCAGAAACGUGCAACAUAAAACAUACAAAAAGCAUAUAAAUUAUGUUAUUUAAAAAGCCAAAAACGGCAGAGACGGAUCCGUUCCUUCUCCUCACAUUUAUCUCAAACUACUUUUUUAAAUGUCACUAUUUCUGUGGGAUUUAUUUAGCAUAUUCUGUAUGUGCACUUUGUCCAAGAUUUCAAGAAAACAAACUUUAAAUCCGUCCUCUUCCUCUCAUGUUCACCUGUGUCUUCUCAACAAGUGGAUGCAGCCAAUAAUCCUGCAUCCUUGCAAUCUGGUCGUGAAUUACUCCCCAAACAUAAUUAGGGCUGAUAUAUCUUUUGCUGUUUUUGUUGUACAUUGUGCCAUCUGUGAGUGAAUACAGAGGAGAGUGAAGGAACAGAUUUUAAACUGGGUAAAUAGAGUGUAUGCAGCUGUAGAUAACUCGCAUUGGAAAACAUGAACUGAUGUAUUGUAACGUAGAUUUUUUUUCUCUGAUUCAUUAAAAUGUGUUUAAAGGAAA